CCCACCGCAGCAGACAGGGGGGAUGUUCCCACCAUACUGGAUUUACAACCAUUUCAAGAAUAUUUGAGCACAAAGAAGAAAUUUGUUUUAAUUGGGACUACUCAAAAACACUGAUUCUGGAGUUGGCUAUCAUAUGGAAAUCUUGACGGAAAACUGAAGUUUUAGGCCACAUGAUUCAACGCCCGUUUUACCUGAGUGGCUGAAGACUCGAGGAACCAACAAUGGAUCAGAACUUAUUUGGAGGAGUCCCCAGGUUUCUCACCCGCCCAAAGGCAUGCUCAGUGUGUGUAGGCAAAGACGCCACACUUAGCUGCACUAUCGUGGGCAGCCCGACCCCGCUGAUAAGCUGGGAGAAGGACAAGCUGAAGCUGACAUCUGGGGGACGCUUCAAAACCGUGGAGGAUGGAAAUCUGUACCGCCUGACCAUCUAUGACUUAACACUGGAGGACAAUGGCCAAUUCAUGUGCCGGGCCAAAAACACAGUUGGGGAGGCUUAUGCUGCUGUUACCCUCAAAGUGGCCCUGCAAACAGAGAUGGCUCAGAGGGCCCCUGUUUUCAUGGUUAAGCCUACCUCUACACGUGUAUGUUUGGGAGGCGAUGUGGUUUUCCACUGUCGGGUUGCAGCCCACCCUGAUCCCAACUUUGAUUGGGAGAAAGAUGGGCGCUACUUGGGCGAGUCAAAUCGUAUCAAGAUUGUUUCCGACACCGACAGCAGCACCCUGAAGAUCCAAAGUGUGCGUAACCUGGACAGCGGCACCUACACCUGCAGGGCCCAGAACACCGUUGGUCGUUCACACUCUGCAGCAGCUCUCGUUGUAGAUGCCCAGGAUUCCCUCCAUCUGUCCGCAGACAAGAACACCUCCUCUCUCCUCUCUCACCUACAAAAGCGCAAGGAGGAAAUGAAGAAGGACAUCUCUAUCUAUCGCACUGAAGAAAGCAGAUCCUCUGGUUCCUCCUCCACCAAGACCAGCAUCACAGAUAGUUUGAGUUCUCUGAGUCAGGAACAUGAGCUGAGGGCAUCUGCGCUGGCAAAGCUGCCCAAAGGUGUGUUCACCCGUACCUGCACGGUGACUGAAGGCAAGCAUGCCAAACUCAGCUGCUUUGUGACGGGUCAUCCUAAACCCCACACCAUCUGGAGGAAGGAUGGAUCAAACAUCAGCGAGGGCCGCAGGCAUGUCAUUUAUGAGGACCAAGCUGAGAACUUCAUCCUCAAGAUCCUGUACUGCAAACAGACCGAUAAUGGUCUCUACACCUGCAAUGCCACCAAUAUGGCUGGCCAGACCUACAGUGCUGUGUUGGUGACUGUCAAAGAGCCUAAGGUGCCAUUCAGGAGGAAGCUGCAGGAUGUGGAGGUGCAGGAGAAGACGUCAGCCACCCUGCUGUGUGAGGUGCCUGUUAGUGCCACCCAGGCCAGCUGGUUCAUGGAGGAGACGAAGCUGGAUCAAAGCACCAAAUAUUACAUGGAGCAGGAAGGCACCCUGCUUCGCCUCACCAUUCACAACGUCACCACCAACGACGAUGGUGUUUACAUCUGCGAGAUGAAGGAAGGCAGCCGCACUGUGGCUGAGCUCACUGUCCUGGGCAACAUUACUAAGAAGCUUCCCCGGAGGACAGUGGUCCCUGUCAGCGACACUGUCAUCUUCUGUGUGGAGCUGGAGCGUCCUUUCCCGGAUGUCUACUGGACCCGCAAUGGCGUGAAGCUGAAGGGAGAUUCCCGUACCGCAAUCGCCUGCAUGCUCAGACAGUACACACUCACUAUUAGAGAUUGCCAGGCUGAUGACUCAGGAGAAGUGGCCUUCGUGGCGGGAGACUGCAAAACGUCCACACGAUUCUCUGUCACUGCUGCUAGGAAGCAUCCUCCCGAUCCCCCAGUCGAUGCAGUGGUUGCGAACAAGACUGACUCAUCCAUCACCAUCCAGUGGUCUCCUCCGGACAGCGACCGCCCCGUGCCCAUCAAGUGCUACUUUGUGGAGAGGAGGAAGGUUGGCACUCAGACAUGGCAGCGGUGUAACUCUGGAGAAACCAUCCUUUCUACCGAGAUCACCGUCUGCAGCUUCAAAGAAGAAGCCACCUACCAGUUCCGUAUCUCUGCCAUGAAUGACUUUGGCCAGAGUGAUUACCUGGAGGUGCCUGGAAGCUUCUACCUAGAACCCAGUGCUGAAAUCAGGAAAGGCCUGAUGAACAGCACUGCCUUCUUCAGUGAGGAGUUCUCCAUCUCCGUGGAGCUGUCAGCUGUUUGUUCUGCCUUCUGGUCUCUGAAUGGCCGCCUCCUGCGCAGUGGAGGCGACUACCUCAUCACCAGGAUCAAGAACACACACACUCUGCUCAUCCGUAACGUGACCAUGGAAAUGAACGGGACUGAGGUCAAGUUUGUGGGUGGAGGCUCACAAAGCAGUUGCAUCCUGUCUGUGAAGGCUCCUGCUGUGAGGUUCACCAACAAGUCAAACCUACAGGAGGCGGUCUGCAGUGCCCAAGCCACCGCUCAGCUGACCGCUGAGGUGUCAGAUUAUGAUGCACAGGUGGUCUGGAUGAGGAAUGGGCGGGAGGUGAAAACGGGGAAGAAGUAUGAAUACAUGAUUGUCGACCGCAAGAGGAUCCUUAUGGUUCACAACGUGACAGAGGAAGAUGUGGGCAUCUAUGAGUGUGCUUUAGCUGAUGACAAAAUAUCCCUGCAGCUCUCUCUUAAAGAUGAACCUGCCAAGUUCCUGAACAAAGCCAGAGGAACCAUGGGAAUGUCAUCAACCCUUAAAGGAGACCUGGAGCUGACCUGUGAGGUUUCUCCAGCCAGCACGGACGUGGUGUGGAAGAAAGAUCAAGUGCAGAUCACAGAGGACCAAAGAACGACCACCGUCGCCAAAGGGACUCAAAGGAAACUCAUCAUCAAAAACGCCAAGAAAAGUGACGAAGGACAUUACUCCUGUGAGACAGCAGCAGACAAAGUCACAUUCCAGGUCAAGAUAAAAGAAACUCAGGCAGUAGCUGCCUUCUCCAACAAGGAAUCAGUCCAAAAGGAAGUGAAAGCUACUCUCACCCAGAAAGCUACUCUUAGUUGUGAUGUCUCUGAUAGUAAGGCAGAAGUGAAGUGGUAUAAAGACGGCAAGCAGCUGAUAUCCAGCAGGACGAUAUACUCAGAAGUAAAAGGCAGUAGUCGUCAGCUGGUGAUUGAAAAGGUGGAGAAGAGCGAUGCUGGAGAGUACACGUGUGAAGCGGCAGGGGAUAAGCUGGUCUUCAAGAUAUCUGUCUCAGAGUUCCAAUCAGCCUUCUCCAACAAGGAGUCCGUCCAGAGCGAAGUGAAAGCCACUCUCUCCCAGAGAGCCACUCUGAGCUGUGAGGUGGCUGAUACCAAGACAGAGGUGAAGUGGUACAAGGAGGGCAAGUUGCUGACUUCCAGCAAGACAAUCCAUACAGAGACAAAAGCCAAGAGUCGCCAGCUGGUGAUCGACAGCGUGGAGAAGAAGGAUGCUGGAGAGUACAUCUGUGAGGCUGGGACUGAGAAGAUUGCAUUUAAGAUGCAUGUGGCAGAAGCUCAGUCAGCUUUCUCCAACAAGGAGUCUGUCCAGAAGGAGGUCAAGGCCACUCUAUCUCAGAAAGCCACUCUGAGCUGUGAGGUGGCUGAUACCAAGACAGAGGUGAAGUGGUACAAGGAGGGCAAGUUGCUGACUUCCAGCAAGACAAUCCAUACAGAGACAAAAGCCAAGAGUCGCCAGCUGGUGAUCGACAGCGUGGAGAAGAAGGAUGCUGGAGAGUACAUCUGUGAGGCUGGGACUGAGAAGAUUGCAUUUAAGAUGCAUGUGGCAGAAGCUCAGUCAGCUUUCUCCAACAAGGAGUCUGUCCAGAAGGAGGUCAAGGCCACUCUAUCUCAGAAAGCCACUCUGAGCUGUGAGGUGGCUGAUACCAAGACAGAGGUGAAGUGGUACAAGGAGGGCAAGCUGCUGACUUCCAGCAAGACAAUCCAUACAGAGACAAAAGCCAAGAGUCGCCAGCUGGUGAUCGACAGCGUGGAGAAGAAGGAUGCUGGAGAGUACAUCUGUGAGGCUGGGACUGAGAAGAUUGCAUUUAAAAUGCAUGUGGCAGAAGCUCAGUCAGCUUUCUCCAACAAGGAGUCUGUCCAGAAGGAGGUCAAGGCGACUCUAUCUCAGAAAGCCACUCUGAGCUGUGAGGUGGCUGAUACCAAGACAGAGGUGAAGUGGUACAAGGAGGGCAAGCUGCUGACUUCCAGCAAAACAAUCCAUACAGAGACAAAGGGUAAGAGUCGCCAGCUGGUGAUCGACAGCGUAGAGAAGAAGGAUGCUGGAGAGUACAUCUGUGAGGCUGGGACUGAGAAGCUGGUCUUCAAACUCAAUGUGGCAGACACACAGAUCCAGUCUGCCCUUUCUGAUAAAGAGUCAGUCCAGAAGGAGGUGAAAGCUAGUCUCUCCCAGGCGGCCACCUUGAGCUGGGAGAUAUCUGAUUCCAAGUCCGAGGUGAAGUGGUACAAGGAUGGCAAACUCAUAAGCACCACUCAGGCGAUCCAUGCAGAGUCAAAAGGCAAGAGUCGCCAGCUGGUGAUCGACAACGUGGAGAAGAAGGAUGCUGGAGAGUACAUGUGUCAAGCUGGGUCUGAGAAGCUGGUCUUUAAAAUGCAUGUGGAAGGUUCUUCUACAGAAGUCCACGUUAAAUCCUCCUCCGUCAACAAAGAGUCUGUCCAGAGGGAAGUGAAAGCCACUCUCUCCCAGAAAGCCACUCUGAGCUGUGAGGUAGACGAUACCAAGACAGAGGUGAAGUGGUACAAGGAUGGCAAGCUGCUGACUUCCAGCAAAGCCGUCCACAUGGAGUCAAAGGGCAAGAUUCGUGAGCUGGUGAUAGAGAAGAUGGAGAAAAAAGAUGCAGGAGAGUACAUCUGUGAAGUCGGAUCUGAAAAACUGGCAUUUAGAGUGCAAUUGACAGAAAUCCAACAGAAGUUAGCAUUUUCCAACAAGGAGUCCGUCCAGAGCGAAGUGAAAGCCACUCUCUCCCAGAGAGCCACUCUGAGCUGUGAGGUGGCUGAUACCAAGACAGAGGUGAAGUGGUACAAGGAGGGCAAGCUGCUGACUUCCAGCAAGACAAUCCAUACAGAGACAAAAGCCAAGAGUCGCCAGCUGGUGAUCGACAGCGUGGAGAAGAAGGAUGCUGGAGAGUACAUCUGUGAGGCUGGGACUGAGAAGAUUGCUUUUAAGAUACAGGUUGCAGAAGCCCCGGCUGGUUUCUCUAACAAACAGUCUGUUAAGCAAGAGGUGAAAGCCACUAUCUCCCAGAAAGCCACUCUGAGCUGUGAGGUAGACGAUACCAAGACGGAGGUGAAAUGGCACAAGGAUGGCAAGCUGCUGACUACCAGCAAAGCCGUCCACAUGGAGUCAAAGGGCAAGAUUCGUGAGCUGGUGAUAGAGAAGAUAGAGAAAAAAGAUGCGGGAGAGUACACAUGUGAGGCUGGAACAGAAAAGCUUGUAUUUAAGAUGCAGGUUACAGAUGCAGCUGUCAAGUUCCAGAAAAAGCUUGUCAAGGACACAUGUAUUGUUCAAGCAAGUGAAAAAGUUGUUUUGACCACCGAGCUGACGACAGAGAGUGGUAGUGUGAAGUGGUGCAGAGAUGGCGUGGAGCUCAAGGAGGGCAGCAAGUAUGAAAUGAAAAAAGAAGGCCUUUCUCGUACCCUGAUAGUGAAAUCGUCUGAAUCCAAAGACAGUGGAACAUACUCCUGUCAAACUGCUGAUGACCAACUGGAGUUCAAAGUUCAAGUUAAAGAUUCGGCUUUGAAGUUUGUUGUCCCUUUGAAACCUGCUACAGUGGAUUUGGAAGGCACACUCAGCCUGAUGUGUGAGCUAAAUCAAGCCUCAGGGGAUGUUGUCUGGCAGCAUGAUGGUCGUGAGAUUAAACCUGGAGGCAGGUACUGUAUCAGGACAGAUGGUGCUAAGCGGGUCCUCAACGUGACUGGCAUGACUAAAGAAGAUGAAGGAGAAUACAGCUGUGAAUGUAGAAAUGACAAGACCUCCGCCAAAGUUACCUCAAAAGCACCCAGACUGGUGAGGCUGACUACUAAACUGAACAAUGUGGCUGCCAUGGAGGGAAAAGAUGCAAUUUUCAAGUGUGCUGUCAACCCAGCAGACGUCAACGUUAAAUGGUUCCACAACAGCAUACCCGUAACUGCUGGGCCCAAAUAUAAGAUUGGGCGUGGUGGCAGCAGUCACUCACUCACCAUCACCUCUGUCACACAAAAAGAUGGCGGAGAGAUCAGCGUGGAUGCAGAGGGCAAAAGCUGCAAAGCCAACCUACAAGUGGAGCAUGAACCUGUGAAAUUUAAGAAAAUGCUAGAAAACCUGACAGUGGAGGAGCAGAGUGAAGUGAAGCUGGAGUUGGAGCUGAGUAAGGUGUCGGAUGAAGUGAGGUGGAUGAAGAACAGCGUUGUGCUGCAGCCUUCAGGAAACAUGGAGAUUCGGGUCAACGGAGCCAAGCAGGCACUGAUCUUCAAGAGCGUGGCUUAUGCUGACCGGGGCAUCUACUCCUGUGAAACCCUGGAUGACAAAACCCAGGCCAAGCUCAGUGUGGAGAUGAAAAAGAUUCAGGUAAUUAAGGGCCUAACAGAAACCAAGUCACAUGAGACAGAGACGGUAACUCUGGAGGUAGAGCUCAGCCAGGCUGAUGUUGAGGGCUUCUGGACCAGGGAUGGGGCCAAGUUAAAGUCAGGGGCCAACUGCCGUAUCACAGCUUUUGGAAAGAAGCAUUCCUUAACGUUGUCCAAUCUCAAGAGGGAGGACGCAGGAGUGAUUGCCUUCCAAGCAGAAGGAGUUCAUAACUCUGGCAAACUGGUUGUCACAGAACUUCCUGCUAUGAUCGCCAAGCCCAUGGUAGAUAUCAGUGUCGCUGAUAAGGAAAAGGUUACUUUUGAAUGUGAAGUGUCCAAAACCAAUGCAGAUGUUAAAUGGUUCAAGGAUGAUGUUGAACUGAAACUAGGGAAGAACUUUGGCAUCCAUUCCUUGGGCCGAAAGCGCAGUUUGGUCAUCAACAAAUGCACCCCUGAAGAUGCAGGCACUUACAUCUGUCGCACUACUGAUGAUAACACCUCAGCUAAACUCACUGUUAAUGCCCGAGAAGUUAAGAUUGUUAAGAAGCUGGAGGAUGUGGAAGUGAUGGAGAAGGAGAGCGCUGCGUUUGUCUGUGAAGUAUCACAUGAUGAAGUCGAAUGCCAAUGGUACAAAGGAAGUACCAAACUCAAAGUCGGUGACAACAUCAAGAUGAGACAAGAGGGCAAAACCUAUGUACUUCUGUUUAAGUCUGUCACCAUUGAAGAUAUGGGUGAGAUUAAAUUCACAGCUGACAAGGCCUCUUCAGCAGCAAAACUGAAAGUGAAAGAGCUGCCUGUCAAGUUUGUGAAGAAACUCAGGGAUAAGAUAGCGAUGUAUAAGCAUCGUGGACAUCUUGAAUGCCAAGUGUCACGUGCCAGCGCAAAGGUGAAGUGGUUCAAGAACAAGACGGAGAUCAAACACGGCAAGAAGUACGAGAUCAAAUGUGAAGAUGUGUACCGAAAACUCACCAUCAACGAUGUGGCAUCCGGGGACGAAGACACCUACACCUGUGACGCCACUGAUGAAAAUACAUCCUGUAAACUACUUGUGGAAGAGCAGUCCAUCAGCAUUGUGCGGGAGCUGACAUCAGUAGAAGUGACAGAACCCUUUGCAGCUGUUUUCGAAGUUGAAAUCAGUAUGGAACUGGUGAAACCUCCCAUAUGGACUCUGAAUGCAGUUGCUGUGAAGGAGAGUGCCGAUGUAGAAAUGGAAAAAGAGGGCACAAUGCACAGUCUCACUUUCAAAAAAACCAAAGCAUCGAUGACAGGACCUGUGCAGUUUACAGCUGGCAAGAGCAAAUCUUUAGCCCAGCUCACAGUCAAAGAGCGUCCGCUUGAGAUUGCAGAGCCCAUCAAAGAUGUUAAGGGGAAAGAGAAAAGCUCAGCGAUACUCACCUGUAAAUUCUCUGCCUCACCCAAAGAGGUAGCUUGGUUCAAAGGCCAGGUGCCUCUGACCGCUUCAGACAAGUACAACAUGAAGCAAGAUGCUACAAGGGCUCAACUAACUAUUCAAAGGUUGACUGAGGAAGACAGUGGGGAGUACCGCUGUCAGUCCGGACCUGCUGAGGCCAAAGGGACCCUUACUGUUGAAGUGCGUGAAAUGAAGAUCAGCAAGCACUUGGCAGACACAGAGGUUGAUGAAGACAAUGAUGCUGUGUUCACAUGUGAGAUCAACUAUGCUGAUGAAGAGGUACAGUGGCUUCUGAAUGACAAGGUGCUCUUCACCAAUGAAGUCAAUACCAUCGCUCAUGAUGGCAAGGUCCACAAGCUCACACUGAAGAACUUGGCACCUCAGGACGGGGGGACUAUCAGCUUUCAGGUCCGCAAGGUGAAGGAGUCAGUGACACUUAAGGUUAAAGAGAAGCGUGCAGUGUUCCUCAAGUCUCUGGAUGAUGUCAUUGGAGAGGAAAAGGGCAUGAUAACUCUGGCGUGUGAGGCGUCUAAGCCCAGGGUUUCUCCUGUAUGGAGAAAAGAAGUUAAAGUCCUAAAGGCUGGAUCAAAGUAUGAGCUCCUUCACACAGGCAAGUCUUUGGGGCUGAUCAUCAAGGACGUCACCAAAGAAGAUGCUGGAGAGUACAGUUGUGAUCUAGGAACUGAGGUUUCUAAAGCAAAGGUCACUGUAAGAGAGAUUGCCAUUGGAAUUACCAAAUGGCUGAAGUCGGCUGGGGUGAAUGAGGGAGACACAUGUAACUUUGAGUGCAUCUUAUCUCGUGAGAGCACAGACGAGUGUUCCUGGACUCUUAAUGGAAACACUAUCACAGAUGGAGGUCGCUUCAAAGUCACCAGUAAAGGACGCAAGUACAUGCUGACCAUCAAGGAUGUGACUCCUGCUGACGCUGGAGAGGUGGUCUUGAACAUUAAAGACCUUAACUCCAAAACAACAUUAAAAGUUGAAGGCAAGGCUUCAUCCGUGUCUAAAGGACUACAGAGUGUUAGUGCUGUCCAAGGAGAAGAUGCUGUAUUUACCUGUGAGGUAACAAAAGCUAGUUUCACUGUAAACUGGUCCAUGGAAGGCAAAGCCAUCAAAAAGAGCCAGAAGUAUGACAUCAGCCAAGAGGAAAAGGUCAUGAAGCUGACGAUCCAUAACGUCUCAGCUCAAGACUCCGGAGAGUACAGUUGUGAAGUUGUUGGAGGUGCAACCACUAAAGCCAAGCUGGAAAUCAAGGAGCAAAUUCAUAAAUUCACUAAAGAGCUGAAGGACAGCCAAGCUGAGGAGAAGAGCAACAUGACCUUGCAAUGUGAGACUGUACAAACCCCAUCCACUGUGGUAUGGCUUAAAGGUCACACAGAGCUCAAGGCUGGAGGUCGAUAUGAGAUGUCCCAGAAGGAGGGGGUCCUAACUCUGACCAUCAAACAGCUGGAGGAGAAAGACACCGAUAUCUACACGUGUGACGUGGGCACGGCGAAGAUCAUGGCAAAGGUGACAGUCAAUGCCCUGCCUGCCAAUUUUAAAGAGAAGCUCAACAACCAGAGGAGAAAGGAAGGGGAGUCGGUGAAACUCUGCUGCAAACUAUCGAAGCAUGCUAAUGACGUUCAGUGGAAGAAAGGCUCUGAAAUUCUCAAAGCUGGAGAGAAGUAUGAGAUGAAGAUGGAGGAGACUUCUUGUGAACUUCAGAUUAAGAAUUUGGAGUUAGAUGGUGGAGAGUACUCUUGCUUGUGCGGGGACCAGAAGACAUCUGCAACUGUGAAAGUCACUGCGCUGCCGCCGACCUUCAAACAGAAGCUGGAGAGCCAGGAGGCUGAGGAGGGGGCUAGUGUUACUCUGCGUUGUGAGCUCUCCAAACCUGGAGUCCCCGUUGAGUGGAAGAAGGGAACAACGGUCCUGAAGUCUGGAGAAAAGUACCAGAUGAAGCAGGAGGCCUCUGUGAAUGAACUCCUCAUCACCAAAGUGCUGCCAGAGGACAGUGGAGACUACAGCUGUGUGUGUGGAGACCUGAAGACCACAGCCAGUCUCAACAUUAAGGCCCAACCAGUGACCUUCAAACAGAAGCUGGAGAGCCAGGAGGCUGAGGAGGGGGCUAGUGUUACUCUGCGUUGUGAGCUCUCUAAACCUGGAGUCCCUGUUGAGUGGAAGAAGGGAACAAAGGUCCUGAAGUCUGGAGAAAAGUACCAGAUGAAGCAGGAGGCCUCUGUGAAUGAACUCCUCAUCACUAAAGUGCUGCCAGAGGACAGUGGAGACUACAGCUGUGUGUGUGGAGACCUGAAGACCACAGCCAGUCUCAAGAUCAAUGCCCAACCAGUGACCUUCAAACAGAAGCUGGAGAGCCAGGAGGCUGAGGAGGGGGCUAGUGUUACUCUGCGUUGUGAGCUCUCUAAACCUGGAGUCCCUGUUGAGUGGAAGAAGGGAACAAAGGUCCUGAAGUCUGGAGAAAAGUACCAGAUGAAGCAGGAGGCCUCUGUGAAUGAACUUCUCAUCACCAAAGUGCUGCCAGAGGACAGUGGAGACUACAGCUGUGUGUGUGGAGACCUGAAGACCACAGCCAGUCUCAAGAUCAAUGCCCAACCAGUGACCUUCAAACAGAAGCUGGAGAGCCAGGAGGCUGAGGAGGGGGCUAGUGUUACUCUGCGUUGUGAGCUCUCUAAACCUGGAGUCCCUGUUGAGUGGAAGAAGGGAACAAAGGUCCUGAAGUCUGGAGAAAAGUACCAGAUGAAGCAGGAGGCCUCUGUGAAUGAACUCCUCAUCACCAAAGUGCUGCAAGAGGACAGUGGAGACUACAGCUGUGUGUGUGGAGACCUGAAGACCACAGCCAGUCUCAAGAUCAAUGCCCAACCAGUGACCUUCAAACAGAAGCUGGAGAGCCAGGAGGCUGAGGAGGGGGCUAGUGUUACUCUGCGUUGUGAGCUCUCUAAACCUGGAGUCCCUGUUGAGUGGAAGAAGGGAACAAAGGUCCUGAAGUCUGGAGAAAAGUACCAGAUGAAGCAGGAGGCCUCUGUGAAUGAACUUCUCAUCACCAAAGUGCUGCCAGAGGACAGUGGAGACUACAGCUGUGUGUGUGGAGACCUGAAGACCACAGCCAGUCUCAAGAUCAAGGCCCAACCAGUGACCUUCAAACAGAAGCUGGAGAGCCAGGAGGCUGAGGAGGGGGCUACUGUUACUCUGCGUUGUGAGAUCUCUAAACCUGGAGUCCCCGUUGAGUGGAAGAAGGGAACAAAGGUCCUGAAGUCUGGAGAAAAGUACCAGAUGAAGCAGGAGGCCUCUGUGAAUGAACUCCUCAUCACCAAAGUGCUGCCAGAGGACAGUGGAGACUACAGCUGUGUGUGUGGAGACCUGAAGUCCACAGCCAGUCUCAAGAUCAAUGCCCAGCCUGUCCUUUUCGAAACCCAGCUGCAGAACCUUAUAAGAAAGGAAGGGGAGAGCGCUAGUCUUCGCUGUAAAACCACAAAGCCGGGAGCCAGUGUUGUCUGGAGGUUUGGAGACAGGGUGCUGGCAUCCAGCAGCAAGUAUCAUCUGAAACAGGAAGGGACUGUAGCUGAGCUUGUCAUCUAUAAACUGCGAGGAGCUGACUCAGGAGAAUAUUCUUGUGAUGCAGGAAACCAGAGGACUUCAGCUGUCCUCAGUGUGCAGGAGGUGGAGGUUACAAUACUGAAGUUCUUGGAGAGCUGCGUUGUGUACCAGGGUGACGAUGUCCGCUUUGAAUGUCGGGUUUCUCGUGAGGAGGCACCUCUGGCCCAGUGGAAACUCCAGGAUGUCCCACUACAGAAUAACGAGAUGAACCUGAUCAAGUCUGAGGGCUGCGUGCACAGCCUCAAACUCCGGGGCGUCACCACGGCUGACUCGGGAACAGUCACUUUCACAGUGGGUAACCACACUUCAACUGCUUCUUUGACAGUCAAAGCCGCUCCUGCAACAUUCAAGAAGGAGCUGGAAAGUCAAGAGGCCAUUGAAGGAGACAAAGCCAGCCUGUCCUGCGAGACUUCCAGCCCCGACUGCAAGGUGACCUGGCUGAAAGACUCCACUGUGCUCAUCCAUGGGCAGAAGUACAGUUUGGAGCAAACCGCUACAACGCACAUCCUGGUGAUACACAAGCUGGAUGUGAAGGAUAGCGGAGAAUAUACCUGUGAAACUGGGGACAAGAACAGUACAGCUACCCUGACCGUGAAAGCACGUGUUCGCAUCACUCGAGAACUCAGCGAUGUUACUGUGACAACGGGGCAGGAUGCUGUCUUUGAGGUGGAGUUGUCACACCCAGGCGUGACAAACAGCGAAUGGUGGCUUGCAGAUAACCUCCUCCAGAAUAAUGACCUGAAUCAAAUGAGCAGCCAUGGCACAGUGCACCGACUGACCCUGAAGAUGGUGAGCACAGAUGAAUCUGGAGAUGUUGCCUUCGUGUUGGGAGAAGAGAAGACUGUGGCCUGUCUUCUGGUGGAGGAGAAGCCCAAAGUGCUAAUACUAGAGAAACCACACAACACUUCGGCAGUAGAGGGUGAAACUGUCACUCUGGCCUGCACCAUCUCUGACACCAAGGCUUCUGUCACCUGGAAGAGAAACAACACGGCCAUCCAAGCAGGUCUCAAGUACGACCUGAAGAGUAACGGAGCUCUUCACCAGCUUAGUAUCAACAACCUGGUGCCUGAGGACUCAGGAACAUACACGUGUGACACUGGAGAUGCACAGUGUGACUCCACCUUGACUGUGCAAGGUGCCCCCGUGUCCUUCCGCAAGGAGCUCAAGAACCACGAUGCCAUAGAGGGUGAUGAUGUUACCCUGCACUGCGAGCUGUCUAAGCCAGGUGUUCCUGUGGAGUGGAGGAAAGGAGGCCUGGUCCUCAAACCCGGUAAGCAGUUUGAGAUGAAGCAGGAAGGAUGCAUUCAAGAGCUCUGCAUACGGAACGUGGAGCCCGAGGACAGUGGCUACUACACCUGUGAUGCGGGAGACCAGCUCACCACAGCUUCUUUGGCAGUGCAAGGAAAACCCAUUGACAUUGUCCAGGGCCUGGAGAAUGUAGAAACCUUUGAUGGAGGUGAAGUGCUGCUUGAGUGUGCUCUGUCUCGUCCUGAGAGCAAAGAUUGCCACUGGUUCCUCGAUGGGAAACCAGUAAAGGAAUCCCCUAAUGCUGAGAUUGUAACAUUUGAGAGUGGUCGUCGUCAUCUGCUCCUUCUGAAAGAGUUGCGAGUGACAGACAGUUGCACAGUGACUUUCAAAGUUGGCACAGCCUCCACAUCGGCCCAACUCUCCGUCAAACGCUGGCAGCUGGAUGUUGUGAAGAGUCUGGAGGACAAGGUGGCUGCAGUGGGAGAAAAGGUUGAGUUUAAUGUCGAACUCACAGAGCCUGUCCCUUCAGCCGAAGUAGCCUGGUAUAUUAAUGGGGUUGAGAUCAAACCCAGCGACCUCUGGGCCUUGAGAGCUGACGGCUGUUGUUAUCGCCUCGUCCUGAGGAAGGCCCCUCUAAUGCCACAGCAAGAAAUUACAUUUGCUGCUAGAGAUGCUCUCUCUUUGGCCAAGCUCUCCAUCAUCACUGCACCUGAUCCUCCAGAGGACCCAGAAGUCCUCACUAAGACAGAAAAGUCUGUCAACCUGUCUUGGUUCACUCCUCUACAUGAUGGAGGGAGUCCCAUUCUGGGAUACAGGGUGGAGAUGCGUCUGGUGGACAGUUCCCUCUGGCUCCCAUGUCACUCUGACCCUGUGUUUAACACAGAGUUUGUGGUUGAAAAUCUUACAGCAGGGAGUGGCUACAGGUUCAGAGUGGCAGCCACUAACAGAGCUGGGAUUGGAGAGCCUGUUGAGAUGCCACACACUGUGCAGCUUGAAGUACCAAUCCAGCCAGCAGUUUGCCCAGGUGUAGAAGCCAAACAGACUGAGGCUGAGAUGAUGGGACAACCCAGUCUGCCUCCAGAAGCUGCUGAAGAAGGUGAUGUUCAUGAGCUGUGGGAGGAAUCGGCCAAGAAACGCCGCAUGAGUCGUGAACCCACUCUGGACUCCAUCACUGAACAACCUGAGGAAGAUGGUAAAGGUGGUAAAAAUAAGUCAGAGAAAGUGGAAAGUAAAUCAGAAGAGAAGGAGCUGGCCAUUGUGUCUAAGACGCAGGUAGAGUCCAAAAUUAGCACCACCUCAGAGGAUGAGUCUGUUUCUGGGGGUUCAACGCUUGUCUCCUACCUCAAGAAAAGCAGCACUUCUGUCACAGCAACCAAUGAGACAGAGACUUUGACUACUGAGAAGUUCUUUGCACAUUUCAAGAUGGAAGAGCAGACAGUGCAGGAGUCUAGGGUGGAAACAACCAUAAUACAGCAGACAGAUGCAAAACAGGUGUCAACAGAGGAGACUGAGAUCAUGGAGAUCAGUAAAGAGGAUGAGCCUGAACUCAGAGAUGCUGCCAUUAAGAUUCAAGCUGCCUUCAAGGGCUACAAAGCCCGCAAGGACAUGCGCCCUGUCUUUAAAGAUGCCUUCAAAGACCAGACCAAAGAACCUAACGGCACUAUACAUCUAGAAUGCAUUGCAGAAGGUAAACCUGAUAAGGUGCGCUGGCUGAAGGAUGGAGAACCACUGACUGAUGGCAAGCACCACCAUAUUGAUAUCUACAAUGAUGGCACUUGCUCACUGGUUAUCACCGCCAUCACCAUAAAAGAUACUGGGGUCUACACAUGUGAGGUCACCAACAAGUAUGGAGUCACGUCUCACAGUGGUAAGGUCACAGUAGGAACGGAGAGAGAAUCAUCUGGGCGGCGGCCGCUGACCGUGGGCUACAGUGCCGACAGCGAGCCGGACAGCUCCUCAGGAAGUGAGAUGGAUGAGUCUCUGAGGCAGGCAAGCAAACGUCUGUGCCGCCUGCUGCGAUCAAGUCUCCCUCCGAAUGUUGAGGAAGAAUCAUUUGUCAGCGCAGAUGAAGGAGAUAUGGGUCCUCCAGAUCCACACUCUUACCGGGAGGACGACUGUUACAUCUACAUUCGUUUUGACUCCCGGACAGAGGCUGAGGUUGCUUCAAAGAGGUUUCAGGAGAUGUUUACAAUCCAUGGGGUUCCUGUGGAUACCAGCAUCCUGGAGGCUGGGCCUCUCAAAGUGGAGCUGCGAAUUAGAAAGAUGGGCUACAUGCAAGAUGGCACACAGACCCCCACACAAGAAAGGCAGCCAGUUGCGUUUAUGGCUGGAGCCCAGGCUGCCCCAGUCUUCUUGACUGAGCUACAAAGUCAGGAUGUUCCUGACGGUUAUCCAGUCAGCUUUGACUGUGUUGUGAUUGGCAAGCCCCCUCCCACCGUUCGCUGGUACAAGGACGGUAAAUUGCUGGAGGAGAAUGACCAUUAUAUGAUUAAUGAAGACCAGGAAGGCUGCCACCAACUCAUCAUCACCACCGUGCUGCCCACUGACAUGGGCGCCUAUCGUUGCACAGCUGAAAACAGCAGCGGCAUCACUGCCACUAAGGCUGAGCUCAGGGUUGACAUGUCUUGCAGCUCAGAUUAUGACACUGCUGCUGAUGCCACUGAGACAUCUUCCUAUAUCAGUGCCAAGGGCUACAUGUCCAGGGAAACUGAGACAUUUGAGUCUGUAGCUGAAGAUGAUCAGCUUCCACAAGUUGUGGACGAGCUUCAUGAUGUUCAUGUCUGCCCAGGUUCACCUAUUGCUAAGCUGCAGCUCAAAGUAAAGGGCUUCCCCAAACCCAGAAUAUACUGGUUCAAAGAUGGCCAGCCCCUGCGCCCUUCAGACAGGAUUCUGCUGCUAGCAGAGGGAGAUGUUCAUGGUGUUGAGAUCCUGGAGGUGAAGAAAGAGGAUAUGGGAGAGUACUCUGCUUACAUCAGCAACGCAGCUGGUUCUGCAUACUCCUCUGCCCGCCUGAUGGUUCUGCGUCCAGGUGAAAUGAUGCCACAAGAUAAAAGAGACCCCAAGGUGCCCCUGGUGCCGCCCCGCUUCAUUGAAAGGUUCAGCAACAGGAAGGUGAAACAUGGAGCCAGCAUCACUCUGUCUGUCAAAGUAGAAGGCUCUCCCACUCCAAUGGUCUCCUGGCUUAAGGAGGAGUCAGUGGAAGACGUCCUGUGGAUAAAGCCUGACACCAAGGGAUACAAAAUAGCAAGCUCAGGACGCCAGCACAGCCUCAUCUUGAUGGACGUGGGCACAGAGUACACCGGCGCCUACACCUGCAUUGCCACCAAUAGAGCGGGACAGUCCAUCUGCACGGCCCACCUCGAGGUCGAUGAUGUACCACUACCAAAGAAAGAGACCAAACUCUCAGAGGUGUUUGGAUUCACAGUUAGUCCUCCAGAAGAGGAGGUUGUCAAAGCAAAAGAGAGUAAAAUGUCCUACCUAGGUGAAGUAGGUACAGAGGAAUUCCUCAUGAAACUGACAACCCAGAUCACUGAAAUGGUAUCGGCAAAGAUGACUCAAGACAGUUCACAGAAUCACGAAGUGCUCCAGUGGAUGAAAUCUUGGCCCAAAGCUACCACUUCAUUACGCGUACCAGGUGCUGACAGUGAUGAUGAGACCAAGACUCCUUCUCCUUCACCUCAUCACGGCCGCUCUCGUCCUCCCUCUCUCAUCGCUGACUCCUCCUCUGAGUCUGAUGAGGGGGAUGCCAGGGGAGAGAUGUUUGACAUAUAUGUCGCAACGGCUGACUACAACCCCACCAUAUCAAACAAAGAAGCCAUCUCUCUGAAGGAGGGACAGUAUGUUGAGGUUUUGGACUCAGCUCAUCCUCUCAAGUGGUUAGUCCGGACCAAACCCACCAAAACUACACCCUCGCGCCAAGGCUGGGUCUCACCUGCCUACCUGGACAAGAAACUCAAACUAUCUGCUGAUCCGAGUGACCUUCCAGAGAAUAAUGAUGAGGAGGUGACUGAGGGUGAAUACAAGAGGAAAUUAUUCCAACUGAUCCAAGACCUGAUAAACAGUGAAUCACAGUUUGUGAAAGAGGUCGACUUCUUCACCUCCCAUCACGUGAAGCACGCAGACAGCCCUGAUGCACCGCCUGAUGUCAGCAGCCAGAAGGAAGCCAUAUUCAGGAACAUUGAUGAUAUCCAGUCUUUCCACAGCAGGGCAUUCCUCCCAAAGUUAAAUGACUGUGAAACAGAUGAUGACGUAGCCAUGUGCUUCCUGAAGAACAAGGAGGGCUUUGAGAAGUAUCUUCAGUAUCUUCUUGGUCAGAGUAAGGCUGAGUCGGCUGUCAGUGACAAGGCCGUUCACCGCUUCUUCAAGGAGUACACAGACAAAGUGCAAGCCAGUGCAGACCCUGCAGACCCCCCUGUACGCAGCAUCAACGCCAGCCUCCAGCACCCACUGGACAGGGUACAGAAGUACAAGGCGGUCCUCAAGGAGCUCAUCAGAAACAAGGCAAAGAAUGGCCAGAACUGCUGCCUCCUGGAAGAAGCGUAUGCCAUGGUGUCUGCACUCCCUCAGCGCUCUGAGAAUACCCAUCAUGUCGGCAUGAUCGAGAACUAUCCUGCCACACUGGAAGUAUUAGGAGAGCCGAUAAGACAGGGACCCUUCCAAGUGUGGGAAGGCGCUCCUGGAAUAAGGACGUCCUCUAGAGGUCAUCACCGCCACGUCUUCCUGUUUAAGAACUACUGUAUAAUCUGCAAACCCAAGAGAGACAGCAACACAAAUACACAAGCAUAUGUCUUUAAGAACAUGAUGAAGUUGAAUAACAUUGAUGUGAAUGAGAUAGUGGAGGGUGAUGACCGUGCCUUUGAGAUCUGGCAUGAGCGCGAGGACUCUGUGAGGAAAUACACCCUGCAGGCCCGAACUGUUAACAUCAAGAACUCAUGGCUGAGAGACUUCAGAGAACUGCAGCAGCGAUACAGCACCCCUGCGUGGAGUCGUCCUGACUUUGAUGAAAUCCUGGCUAAUUGCACAGCAGAGCUCGGUCAGACUGUAAAGCUGGCCUGCAAAGUCACUGGAGUCCCCAAACCUACGGUCACGUGGUACAAGGAUGGGCGUGCUGUGGAGGCAGACCCUCACCACAUCAUCAUCGAGGACCCUGACGGUUCCUGCACGCUGAUCUUGGACAACAUGAGCGCAGAUGAUUCUGGACAGUACAUGUGCUUUGCCACAAGCUCAGCCGGCAAUGCCAGCACUCUCGGCAAGGUCACUGUCCAGGUGCCUCCUCGCUUUGUGAAUACAAUGAGGAAUGCUACAUUUGUUGCUGGUGAGGACACUCAGUUCACCUGUGUCAUACAGAGCGCCCCCAACCCCAAGAUCAGAUGGUUCAAGGACAGCAGGCUUCUGACUGACCAGCAGAAGUAUCAGACCUACAGCGAGCUCCGCAGUGGGGUUCUGGUUUUGGUCAUCAAAAACCUGACAGAGAGAGACCUGGGACACUACGAGUGCGAGUUGUCCAACCGUCUGGGCAAUGCUAAGUGUUCUGCUGAUUUGGCUCCUCCCUCUGCUGUGGCCCGCUCUUCUGAACAGGCCAUCACUAUUGAAGUCACUGAGCAGGAGACGAGAAUACCAAGGAAAACCAUCAUCAUUGAGGAGACUAUAACCACUGUGGUGAAGAACCCACGUAUGAGGCGACACAAGUCCCCCGGCUUGACUCUUGCUGGAGCCCACCGCUCCGAGACUUCCACCCCAGAGCCCCCCACAGCCAGGCCGAAGAGGAUGUCCACUCAGAGAAAGACCACCAUCCCCACCCUCUAUGUUACUCAACACGAAGGCGCUGAAGCCAGAGCCAUGGAGAGCAGGUGGGUGGAGGUCGAGGAGGUCAUCGAGUAUAAAGUCAAUAAAUCUCCCAGGGUGUCGAGGAGGAGAGGCGUCUCCCCGGCAACGUCUGAACGCUCAUCGACUCCUUUAAGAGCCAAGAGGUCUCCACCUGAGAGAAACCCCAACACCAACAACUCCAACAACAAGCUGCUGGAGCAGGCUCAGCUGCAGGGAGACGUCAGCAGCUCUCCGCUCUCCUGGGAGGAAGAGGAGGGGAGCGUUUCCCCGGAUGCUGUCUCUGGAGACCCCCAUGAGCUCUCAUCCAUCCUCACUCAAGCAGGAGAGGACAGCGAGGACAUGGACGAUGAUCAAACUGUCAUCUUUGAGCCCGAUGAUGAAGAUGAUAACUCUCUCGGUAAGCAAGAGCCUAAGAUCCUGACACAAGGAGGCCGUGUUCUGACUCUGGAAGACUUGGAGGAUUACGUGCCAGAAGAAGGUGAAAACUACGGCUCUACCAGCACCCCCGCUGCUGAGAAGCCCUGCGAGAUCUCGGUGCUGCAGAGGGAGAUCGGUGGCUCCGCGGUGGGACAGCCGGUGCUCCUCAACGUGGGCCGGCCGGGCGUGGGGCCGAGGCAGAGGAGCGGCUUCUUCGGCCGCUUCAGGGAGCAUCUCUCCAGCAGCCUCUUCACACCUGCGGCCCCCCCAGCCAGCGGAGCCCGGUCCAGGACGGAAAGACACGUCCCCAUCCAAGUGAGCCACGCUAAGCUGGAGGUGAAGCCUUCGUACUGCUCCGAGGUGCAGCGGGUCGAGGGCGGGCAGCAAAGCUUUAAAACCAAAGUGUCAACUCAGACCUAUGGCUACACUUCAGUGGGCAACCCUGUCACUCUGCAAAUAAGUGAUAACCUUUAUCAGAACCAGUAGAAGCAAACAGUUUUAAUUUGGUACCACACACCCUCUUAGUCUUAAAUGGGGACAUUUCUACGUACAUGGUGAUAAGACAUAUCCUAAAGAAUAUUAGCUGCAUAUAACAAACCAUUCCAUUUGGACGUUGCCUAGAAAGAAAGAAGACUCAUCUUCUUGAGUCUUUUUCUCGACAAAUGGCUAGAGUCAGAUGGUCUCUUUAGACUAGGCGAAUAAGAAAAUGUCACUGUAAGCAUGUUUCAACCCAAACUGCUUUGUUACACCUGCAUAUUCACUCAUGCAGUAUGCGUUGUAUAACAUGGUGGGGAGACAGAAAAGGAAAUUAAGGUUUGACUGACUUUUGCUGAGUUACAUUUUAUUUUACAAAAAUACAUAAUGUUCACUCAAACCCAGCUUCGAGUACGGGCGGAUCAUGAGACAAAUGGGCACCACCACCUGUCCUAAAUACGAGCAAGACACUCCAUUUAGCCUAUUAUUUUAAGGGUAAAUAAAAAGCCUCUAGUUGUAUCUCUUUGUAGUUGUUUUGUGUAUUUACGUGGUCAUGUAGUGUCUCUUUUUUUUGUCUUUGUAUGAUUUUAUGUCUUUUUGUAGUUUCAAUCUACUUUGUAAUUGUUUUGGUCUUUUUGUUAUAUCUUUCUUUUGUUGUUUUGACACUUAUUGAGCUUGCUUUGAGUCUCUUGGUGGUCAUUUUGUCUCUAUGUUGUUGUCUUGCCCUUUGACAAAAUGGUGUUAGUCUGUUCUCUCUUUGUAGUGGAUUUACUUCACUUGGUGGUAGGCCCGUACUAAACAUCCAUGCCUUCAUGAAAUCAUGAUCCUUGACCCACCAAUAUCUACUGAUCCAGACAUUAUCCCUUGUGAUGACUCCUGCUAUAUACACAAACAGAUACAUUAUAUUAAGGUAUAUAGAUUUGAUUUCAGUUUUACUUUUGUACCUUUCGAAAAUGUUGCCUUUUGCACUCACACAGUGCCUUAGAUUCCUGGAGUUAACGUCUACUAGUGAGGCCAGUCUCUCGUUCAGUAUUGCUAUAAGUAUAUUUAAAUGUGCAACACUGAUGAUCUGCUAUUUACAACCGAACUGUGUCGACCGUUUUGCUCCAUGGACUGUUUAAGUUUAAUCAAAUGUGCUGUCAAGUGAGUCAGUGUGGCAAAGUCACACAUACGCUCUACUUUGGUUGUUUGUGCCUUAAUUGUUGGUGAGCAGCUUCUUCAAAUAUGGCAUUUAUACAUGAACAUCUAUUUGAUGGUGAACCUGUUUCACAUCCGAUCUCUGUGUUUGACUACACUCAUGUCAUUUACUAUAGCGCGAGACAUAUGUUUCUAUCAAUAAGUGAAUGGUGAUUUUUUUUGUGCCUCUUAAUGCAGUGCCAUUACCUGUCAUUUUACAGAUAUAACAGGGACAUUCAUAUGUGGGUGACAGAUAUUUAGAUGAGUGACUGCAUGUAUUUGUCUUUGCAAAGCACACGUGUUUAUCUAGAGUAACAAAAGCUGUAAUGAUGUAUUUGAUUGAGAGAAAAUGUUUAUGCAAAGUACUUGAGCUCACAUAAUUUACUACCUUGCCAAUUUAAAAAAUGACUAGAAAACAGGAACUUAAAGAUGUGUGGUGUUUGCGUUGUUUCUUAAAGGUAUUCUAGAAAGUUACAAGUAUAAUAUUAUGUAUUAAUGGACUAACAGAUUGUAAUGCUUAUACUGUACAUGUGUAGUUUUUUGAAAGAUGUUUGAAUAUUCAGUGUUAAUAAAUAUAUGUAUUGCAAAUAAUA